AUGCUAGUACGCUAUCAUUCAUUUGCUUGCAAAGUCGACAUCGAAUAUCUCCCACAUCGAAUAUCUCCCACUGCCCCUCCAAGCGAGACGAUCACGACCGCGUUAUCGAUACUCGAUGCUUCAGUUGCAAGAUUCACUCCAUGCUCAGCCAUCUGGUUCUUUGACGCCGAGCACUUUGCAGAUGAUCGUGAUCCAGAGCUGUUUCGCAGUCUGGAGCUCUCGUUCCGGGAGACGCUGAGUAGAUGGCCGCAUUGGUCUGGCCAGUUGCGAUGGGCAGCAAAGACCGAUCACCAGAACAAUCAAAUGCCUUAUGGCCGUCCAGUCAUCACUUACGGCGGGGGCAAAGACGUCGGUGUUGACUGGAUCAUCGCCAGCUGUGAUUCAAAUCUGGAGUCCAUCGUUCCAAGCAGAGAUGCUCGCUCUACAACAGACAAAGUUUGGAUGGCUACAAAGCUUCCACACCAACUUCAAGCCGCAUCUAAGCUAGCCACGAUCUUUGCUAAGAAUAAAAGGAAGCCUGUGAAAAGUCAAGAUGGGUAA